AUGUCUUUCCCACAUCCAUUGAGAGCCUUCUCAGUGGGAGCUCAAUCAAACACACAUUUAGCAGAAAAAAUAGCAGAUGAUCCUCCGACGAAUAAAGCAUCUCAGAGCACGGUAACCUGUUUAUACCAGACACAGAUGUCGACAUGUUGUUGUAAUGUUACAGUUUUAUGGUGUAAGAAUCUUAUGAAUCACUCUCUCAAUCUCAUCUUCAAUAAUCCUAAAGGUGGUGAAGUUUAUUAUAGUUGCAAGAUUGACCUUAAACCAUGGCUUUUCUGGAGCAAAAAAGGAAGCAAAUCGUUUGAUCUCGAAGGUUGUCAUGUUGAUAUCCAUUGGGAUCUCCGUUCUGCCAGAUUUUCCGGCAGCCCAGAGCCAUGCAGUGAUUAUUAUGUUGCUUUAGUUUCAGAUGGAGAGGUGGUGUUAUUGUUAGGAGAUUACAGCAAGAAAGCUUAUAAAAGAACAAAAGCAAGGCCUGCUCUUGUGGAUCCUAUAUUAUUUUACAAGAAAGAGAAUGUAUUUGCAAAGAAAUCUUUUGCGACGAGAGCUAAAUUCGAUGAAAAGAAACAAGAACAUGACAUUGUUGUAGAGAGUUCAACCACAGGACCUAAAGAUCCUGAGAUGUGGAUUAGCAUAGAUGGAAUUGUCGUGAUUCAUGUUAAGAACUUGCAAUGGAAAUUCAGAGGGAAUCAAACUGUGAUGGUGAAUAAACAACAGCUUCAAGUUUUGUGGGAUGUUCAUGAUUGGUUGUUUAAUAGCCCUGGAGCAGGUCAUGGGGUGUUCUUGUUUAAACCCGGGGCACCAGAGGUCGAUGAUGACAAAGACGGAAGCUCUCAGGCGACCAGCAGUGAUGCCAGCGAAGGGUAUUUUUCGACGAAAAGUAAUCCACCAGUGCCGGAAUUUUGCCUUUUUCUCUAUGCAUGGAAGGUGGAUUAAAGCUUAUUCUGUGCAUUUGGAAAUGACUAGAAUGAGAAUGAACUUGUGCAUAACCAUUCUCAUUGCCUGGAGAUUUUCCAUGACAGAA